GCCGCGAGCUUGCUCAUCUUAUACGACUUCAUGAAGCGGAAACGCGCCGGUGACACGACGGUGGAGACCACGAGGGCCACUCGCUCUUCUACUCGCAUCAAAACUCCAGCAACAGACUCCGCGGAGCAGAUGGACGCCAUCGAGGAGGCUCCAGUGACCAAGAAGAUACGGAAGGCUGCCUCCAAAGCGACGACCUCGAGAAGCAGAGGUAGAGGCAAGGCACAAGCUGUGUAUGAGCGGACCGAAAACCCUCAGCCACGACCAAGGUCGUUCUUGCAUGACGCAGUUCUCGCAGGAGUGUUCUUCCAUUGGCAAAGUGUCGCGUCCAACACGGGUGUCACUGUGGUGUUCACUCGAAGUUCAAACUUUGAGCGCACAGUCACCGGUCAGGAGGAUACAGUGGCUCCUGCAGGCUCAAAAUCAAAACCGACAAAGUCGUCAAAACCUGAAGCUUACAGUGCACAGCGGGCUGCGGCACUCUACAGCAACUAUGUCGACCCAGAUGAACCGUCAGUCAUAGGCCCCGAAGGAUUUGAGCGCCUGUGCUCGGAUAUGGAUAUUUCAUUGGAAGGCGCCCUCCCUUUGAUCUUGGCAUGGCAAAUGAAAGCAAGUGAGAUGGCAAAAAUCACAAGGAGCGAAUGGGAUGUAGCGACCGCAGAGCUACAGUAA